AUGCCGAAAGCUCCGCCGACACCUCCUCUGCCUCUGAAUGGAUUGUUCCCCGUCGCGAAGCCGAGCGGUCCCCCGUCGAUGCGGAUCAUCGACGCUCUGAACCCGCUCCUGCUUGAGUCGCGCCUCUUCGUGGACCCGAACCAGACACGGCCGAAGGAGCGCAACAAGCGGAAGAAGAAUGCGACGCACAUGGGCCUCAAGAUCGGACAGGGCGGCACGCUCGACCCGCUCGCGGACGGCGUGCUUGUCAUCGGCGUGAAUCGGGGCACGAAGCACCUGAACCGCUUCCUCGAGUGCACGAAGGAGUAUGAGUCGAUCGGCCUCCUCGGCGCCGCGACGACGAGUUACGACUCGGAGGGCUCGAUCCUGAGCACCGGCGACUUUGACGGCGUCACGCGCGAGGACGUCGAGCGCGUCCUCGACCAGUUUAGGGGCAAGAUCAAGCAGACUCCGCCCAUAGCUGACAGCAGUUUCUCCGCACUCAAGAUGGACGGCAAGCCUCUGUACGAGUACGCGCGGGAGAGCAAGCCUCUCCCCCGCGCGAUUCCCGUGAGGGAGUGCGAAGUCUCGAUCGACCUGAUCGACUUCCAGCCGGCGCAGGAAGUCGAGGGCGACGGCGGACACACGUACAAGUGGCCUACGCAGCGUCUUUCGACCGACGAGAAGGAGGUCUUCACCAAGCUGAACAAGAUGGUGCACGACGCGGGCGGCGAGGCCGCGACCGCCGAGCCGCCAAUCGACCUCGAGGCGCCCGACGUCCCCGAAGUAAGCGCCAAGACGGGCAAGCGCCCCGCCGCAUUCACGGUGCGCAUGACCGUCUCGUCGGGCACGUAUGUGCGCUCCAUCGUGCACGACAUUGGGCUCGCGCUUGGUUGCGGCGCGCACGUCGUCAAGCUCACGCGCACGCGGCAGGGCGAGUUUGUCCUCAACGGGCCCGAGGAUGAGGCGCUGCUCGACGAGUUCGCGUCCGAGAUGGCGGCCGAGGACGCCGCUCGCGCCGAGAAGGCCGAGGGCGGCGUCGUACCCUCGCAGCUGAUCUCGGAGGAGGAGGCGACGAACGCGCCCGCGCCGGCGGCGUGUAAGGAGGAGAAACGCUCCGUGCCCUGUGUUCCGUGGGAUGUGUUUGAGCGCGCUAUUGCGGAGCGCGACGCGAGCCGCAAGGCCGAGGAGCAGGAGAGGGAGGAGGCGCGCGAGAACAUGACAAAGGAGGAGUGGAGGGACAGGUAUGGGUACGACGCGGUGCACAGGCGCAACGCUGAGGCGCCGCUGAAGGAGUGGGAGAACGAGGUGCUCCGCCGCUUCGUGCCCGUUCCGCUGCCUGUGGUUCGUGACUCCAAGUCGAGGCAGAAGCAGUACUAG